AUGGCACAACAGGUGUUAAGCGAGCAUCCCCAGACCCCAGUCGUGUCCAUGCACCAAAAAGAAUCCAGGAAUGAAGGGACCACUGUGCCGAACCCUGCUCUGACCGCAUCCCGACCGUACCCUCAUAUCAUCGCCAUGGCAGCCGAGCCCUCCCUCACCAGCGGGGACAGUCUGGACCUAAUAGAGGCACCCGUGGGUCCACUGAGUCAGAUCGCACAAACUCAAGUAAUGUCACAUUCUUCAACUUUCAUCUCCUCCUCCUCCUCCUCCAUGACCUCCUCGUCCAUGACCUCCUCCAAACUCAGGAAAGUCUCACAAGGAUUAAUGAAAAGCAUGGAUGAGCACUCUGUGGUCCACCGGAAAUCCUCAGCGGUGGUGGAGACUUACAGCCAGGUUCAGAAGUCUGCCCACAUCCCCAAGGGAGAGUCUGUCCCAGAUUUUGAGGAGAAACUGCGUCCUGUUACUGCACAAGAAGGUGAUAAUGCAGUAUUCCGGGCGAAGGUGACCGGACAGCCUCAACCCUCUGUCCUCUGGGAGCGAGCCAGCGGGACCCCAUUGUCUGACGAGACCAUAAGUUUUUAUGAAGACUUCAACAAUCAGCAUAUUCUCAAGGUUAAAAAUCUCUCUCUGCAAGACGCUGAUGUGUACAAAUGUGUUGCCUCCAAUGUUCACGGUGAAGCCAUCUACUCUGUCUCACUGAUUGUUACCGAAAAUCCGGCUUUAGACUUGAAAAAGAUGCUGAAGAAACGCUCUGUGGAGAAGAGAGAGGAGAAGAAACCACCCACAGAGGAGGAGAUGCUGAAGAUUCUGUCAGGAGCUGAAAAGAAAGACUACGAGAGGAUCUGCGCCGAGCACGGUUUCACUGACUUCAGAGGGAUCCUGAAGAAACUCAAGGAGAUGAAGAAGAAAGUGGAGGUGGAGAUGGUGCACGUAUUGAAGCCUCUGGAAAAUAUCACAGCCAAAGCCGGUACCAACGCCGUCUUUGACACGAUCUUGGAGCUGAAAGAUCCAAAUGUCAGGAUGCAGUGGUUCCUGGGCUCAGAGCUGCUGCGGACUCAGUAUUCUCUGGGGAAGUAUGAAGUCAAACAGAUGGGAACCAAACACAUGUUAUGUAUCUCCAGUGUCAGCCUCAGUGAUAUGGGCACAUACGCUCUGCAGGUUGGAGACAAGAGGCUCACUGCCAGACUUCAUGUCAUAGAUGAACCUCUGAAAUUUCUAUCUGACUUCAAGCCGAAGAAAGUGACUGAAAGGCAGACUGCUGUGUUUGAGGUACGCCUCUCUAAGAAGACGGACGCUCCUCUGAUUUGGAAGGUCAAAGAUAAGGAACUGAAGCGAGAUGAGAAGUUUGAUGUGUCACUGUCUGAAGAUGGUUUGACCUACACACUGAAGAUUAAAGAUGUCAAAGUCAGCGAUACCGGAGACUACACCAUCAGCAUAGGGGACCUCACUGCCACUGUCCCACUAUUCAUCGAACGAAUUCCCAUCAAGUUCAGUAGCUCCUUGAAAAACGUGCGUGUGCAGGAGAGAGGAAAGGCUCGUCUGGAGUGUGAGCUCACCUCCAAAGACGUGCAGAUCCGCUGGCUCAAAGACGGGAGCGACGUCACCGCCAGCCGCCGCUACAUUUUUGUGCACGAGGGAAAGCGAGCGGAGGCCAUUAUAGAAGACUGUGAACUGACGGACGCCGGAGAAUACACCAUAAUGUGCACUCAAGACAAUGACGAGCACGAGUACUUCUCUACUGCCAUUCUGACUGUUGAUGAGCGUUUUGCGUCAGUGAAGAGUGGGAUGUCUGAUGCCCAGUGUCCGUCAGGUUCUUCUGCAGAGCUGUGUGUGGUUCUAGAUGAUGAGAAAGUGGAUGGGAUUUGGCUAAAGGAUGGAAAAGAGAUUUCCGAGCAAAGUGGGGUGCAGGUGGUUAAGCAGGGGGCUGUCCACAAGCUGCUCUUCUCUGGUGUGACUGAUGCACAUGAAGGGAAGUACACGUUUAAAGCCAAAGGAGCAGAGAGCGAGGCUGUGCUGAGCAUCGCAGAUCCUCCUGAAAUUGACAGCUCGGUUCUGGACAUGUUGGGGGCCCAGCCUGUUACGGUGAAGGCAGGUCAGACCGCAACCAUUAAAAUCCCCUUUAUAGGCAAACCUCUGCCGAAGGUCACAUGGUACAAAGAUGGAGUAGAGGUCGUGGAGGACGAGAGGACGAAAAUAGAGAGAUCUGCUGAUGGCACGACUCUUGUACUCACCAGAUGUGUGAGAGAGGACAGCGGGGCAAUGAUGUUACGCCUCAAGAGCGACUGUGGCACUGCUGUUGCCAAUCUGCACCUCAACGUGAUCGACCGCCCUAAGGCUCCACAAGGAAAAGCCGAGUUCCUUGAGAUGUCUAGAAAAUGCAUUAAGAUGAAGUGGAAGGCUCCCCGGGAUAAUGGAGGCAAACAGGUGACGAGCUUCCUCAUUGAGCGACGGCCAACGGGUAAGAAGUCCUGGGACAGCGUGGGCGAAGUGAAGAGCAGCACCACCGUCUUCACUGACGAUACCGUGUCUGAGGGCGAGGCCUAUCAGUAUCGCAUCAGGGCAGUGAACGAAGAGGGCACGAGUGAGCCGCUGGAGACCGAGGAUGUCAGAGCUGGAGAACCUAUAGAGCCUCCGGGUGUGGUGUCCCAGCCCCAAGUGUCCAAUGUGACGAAGGAGAACCUGACCGUGAGCUGGACUCCCCCUGGAGACGAUGGAGGCGCUCCGGUCCUGGGGUACAUCCUGGAGCGAAGGAAGAAGGGGAGUAACAUGUGGCUACAGCUCAACAAAGACCUCAUCACGGACUCUAAAUUCACGGUGGACGGUCUGGUGGAGGGAGCAGAGUAUGAGUUUCGCGUCACCAGUGUAAACAGAGCUGGAGCAGGCGACCCCAGCACCGUCUCCAACAUGGUCCAAGCCAAAGACCCCAUACGAGCUCCUGGUCUUGUGAGGAACUUUUUUGUGUCCGAUUCCUCCUUCUCCACCAUUUCUCUGAGGUGGAGCGCUCCUGAAACAGGAGAUGAACCUACAGGAUACGUUCUGGAAGUCCGUCCGGAGAAUAGUAAAGACUGGACCAAAGUCACGAAGGUCCCUGUGGCCGGUACGAGCUUCACUGUGGCAGGACUUCAGGAGAGGAUGAAGCACUUUUUCCGUAUCCGUGCGGUCAAUGAAGGAGGACUGGGAGAGUCUGUUGAAAUGUCUAAAGGGGUUUUAGCCAUGCCUCCACCUGUGUCUCCCAGAUUUAACCUGGAUGGGAAGCUGAGAAACCAAGUGGUAGUUAGAGCUGGAACCGCACUCUGCCUUCGCCUCAGCUUUUUUGCUUCUCCUCCCCCGUUAGUAACGUGGUUCAAAGAUGGGCUCCUCACCACUGGACGAGAGGCCGUCAUCAAAGGCACCAACCACUCCCAGCUCCUCAUCCCCUCGUCUGUCCGCUCAGACUCCGGAGUUUACCGCGUCCACCUGAAGAACGAAUUUGGAGAGGCCCACUAUGAUGUCAAUGUUAAAGUUACAGACUUUCCUCGGCCUCCAAAGAGCUUGCGUUUGGUGGAGGAAGUCCCAGGAACAGUGACCCUUCAUUGGGAGCACACCCCCGACCUGGCCGACGACGACGAGGGGGCUCAUUAUGUCAUCCUGAAGAGGGACUCUAGCACCACCUCCUGGUUCACUGUGGCAGAGCGCGUGUUCAGUAAAAAGUACACGGUCACUGGGCUGCUGCCAGGGAGAAAGUACUACUUCAGGGUCCUGGCGCAGAACUUCAUUGGAUUCAGUGACCCCUUGGAUUCAAAAGAGCCUUAUUUCAUCCCCAAAGAGAAAGGUAUAAAAAUGUCUUCUUCAAAAUUCUACGAGCGUUCGCACUUGUCCUGUUUCCUGCUCCCUCUGAAGGAUCACGCUGUGCGCCGGGGAAAUGACUGCACUAUGAGCUGUGCCUAUCAGGGCAUGCCAACGCCACAGGCCUGUUGGUUUAAAGGAGAAACCAAAAUCUCCAACUGCUCUCGGUUCUGGCAGAGCACGGCCAACGGAGUGUGCACCCUGGUCCUGCCGUCCUGUGGAGCCAAAGACGCGGGGCUGUACACUCUCGUGCUGGAGAAUCCCCUGGGAGAGGCCAGGUGCUCCUGCAAUCUGCUCAUCUUUGAUAAAGAUGACAGCCUUGUGGAAAAUCUGGACAAUCCCACCAACAAAGAGAAGCUGAUCCUGUAA